AUGGCCCCACCUAUACCUGCUCUGGCGCAGUCAGGGUCAAAGGUACGGCUUUUCGAACAGCUUGGAUUCCACCUGGGCGACGAGGACCACCAACUAAUAUACGAGAUGAUGAAGAAAGAGGCAGUGGAAGGCCUAAAACGAAUGAUAGAGGGCCAGGACGUCUUGACUUCUUCCCUCCGAAACUCGGACACAUCACCAUGCCUCAACUCCCAGAUCACGGAGACUGAGACGCAUCGCGAAACCAUGCGAAUCUAUCUUACAGCUAGGCCAGAAACGAAGGCUGUCUAUGACCUUGGCCACGACGUCGAUGGAGUAGAAGAGGAGAACUGGGUCAUUCGGUGGCUGUUAUGGCACUUUCAACUGUAUCAAGCACACAUCAGCGCAGUGGAGACAAUCAGUUCCCUGUCGCUAGCUCUUCCCGACAGAGCAAUUAUUGGGAUCCAGUUCGCAAUCAGUGGUGCGCACGCAACCAAUUGGGACACCAUGUGA